CAGAUCUACGUUCACAGUCUCACCGUCAAGCUCCACUGAAUCAACCUUAUUGCCCAACAUUUACCAAUCUACGCUAUUACAGAAAGGCUCAGACCUGUCUCUGUUACCAGAGCCGCCCCAAUCAUCCCAGUUAUUCCCACAACCAAUCUCAUCACUGGAGAUUUCCCAAUUGCCCCCAAGGCAAUCCCAACAAUCGUGCUGUGACCCAGAGUCUCUGCUAUCAGACAAUCAGCUCCAGCUGCCUCGGUCACCUGCGUUGUCUUCCAGUCCAACCCCCCCACCAAAAUAUGUGACACCAAGUCCACCUGUAAAGAAACUAUCCAGUGUGUCUGUAUUUAACGAGUCCCCUCUAGAUGCAUAUUGUAGUCAUGAGUCAACUUUAACAGAGGAUUCUUCAGUUUGUAUGUCCUCCACCGACAUCUCUGGUGACCACGAGUCCACUCAGGAUACGCGGUGUAUCCCGCCACUUCCAUCGCAUUUCUCACAUGGCAUCCAGAAUCCUCCUUUAGAUGUAGGAAUGGAGGAGGAAGAGGAGGAAGAGGAGCUAUCGAUAGACAGCGGGGAUGAAAUGUCCAGCGACAGCCUGGGUCUGGCUCCGCACGAGGAAGACUCUUCAGACGAAGAAGCACAGACGCACGCACGUUUAACGAGCGGGAGAUCCGGAGAAGAAAAGCGAUGGAAUCCUGCCUCAUCUCAGACCGAAGAUCUCUUUGUUCCUGAAGAUGCAGACAGAGAAGAAGAGUUGCAGACGGAUGAGCGAGAACAGCCGUCAGAUCCAUCCACGGUGAUGCGCCACCAGAGUGCUGGGUCUCCAUCAGAGCGGUUCUGUGAUCCGGAAGGGUUUCCGCCUCAGGGUUUGGACAGGACUUCUGGUCUCUCCGACACACAAGAACACACACGUUGUGACCCCCCGCUGCACACAUGCCGAGCUCCCCCGCGUGAUUCAGAGCCAACAGGGUCAGAGGGUUAUGGACCCAGCCGCAGCCUCAGUACCUACACUAAGGAACAUCUGGAUUCUGGACUGAUAAAGGACAACCACACGCAGCCAACUGGAAUUCAAAUUCACUUAACCAGACCCACCAGGAGAGAAGAAAUAUCAGCAAAUGAACUAGGAACAUCUGGGUCUGGCAAGUCCACACCAACUCCGUCUCAACAACUCACCGUCCAAAGACAAACCCACGCCAUCUCUCGUUCUCCAUCUCCUCCACUCUCUGCCUGCCUGUCCCGUCCCACAUCGGGCUCAGAAUUGGGUCCAGCAUUUCAUCCGUUGUCCCGGGCUGCCCAGGAGAUCAUGGAGAUCUGUGGCGUGGACCAGACGGGCUGUGAGGACCCUGACCUGGACACUGACACGACUGCACACACACUCCACUGUCUGGAGCAGGAACUCAGAUUCAUGGCCGACGCGAAGCAGGAAACAGUAUUUGGCACUGGAAGCAGUGAUAGUCCGGAUCAGCAUGGACAUCUUCGUUUGUCGCGGGGCAGAGCCAGCGAGGAACAAAAGGAUGAGGAGGCGGCUGCACAGAGGGACUGGCAGAGUGUCCUCUUACUACCCUGAGAUAUUCACACACACGUAACACGAGCACACACACUUACUUGUUAAAUAAGGAAGAAGACUUGAACACAGAGAUAUAAGAGACUGAAGUGAGAGAAACACACAAGAUGUAAUUUGAAUUGCGUGUGGCGUAAAGGCUGGAGCAGAUCUCUUGGAUCUCUUGCGCAAAUAGAUGAAGAUAAAAAUGUAAUGGUUUGAAAGACAUUGCUGAUAACGAUUAAAUGCUGUUUUAAUUUGA